AUUAAUAUGUAUAGCUUUUCUUCAGGCUCUCUCUCUGUGGCGUGCUUAAUUAAUAAGCAGACACAUACAGAGAAAAUUUUUAGAAAAAAAGAAAAGAAAAAUGGAGGCUCUAUUGAAUUUUGUUCUUGGAAGGAAGUUGAAGACAUCAAAACUCAAGACUCUUACAAAACUUGCAAUUGCUAGGGCUACCAUUUUCAAGAACCAGAGACAAGUUCUUUAUUCUCAUGCAAAAUUUGAUGUUGCUGAGCUCUUGAAACUUGGUCAUCAAGAACGAGCUCUUAUUCGUGCUGAGCAUGUGAUCAAGGAACAGAAUAUGAUGGAUGUUUUUACUAUGAUUGAGGAUUAUUGCUACCUUCUCUUAGAUAGGGUUAUGCUCCUUAAAAAAGACAGGGAGUGUCAUGAAGAGCUUAAAGAGGCGAUUUCGAGUUUGAUAUUUGCAUCUUCAAGAUGUGCAGAAUUUCCAGAACUGCAACAGCUUCGUUGGACUUUUGUAACAAGAUUUGGGAAAGAAUUUGCUGCUCGUGCCGUUGAGUUGCGAAAUAAUUGUGGAGUGAGUCCUAAGAUUAUACAGAAGCUCUCGACCCGACGGCCAAGCUUGGAAAGCAGAUUGAAAGUUCUUCAGUACACUGCUUCUGAGAAUGGUAUAGUUUUGCAUUUGGUGGAAGAUGAGCCUGCUGUUGAGGAGAAACGGGAAGCAGUCCAGAAGCAGAAGUGGCAAGAAUCCUAUAAAUCAGGAGCUAAGUGGUAUGAUACCGAAUCUGAAGAUGAAACCUAUGUUUUGACUGAGGAGUUGAUGCCUGAUGAGAAGUUAUCUGCAUCAUUAAAACCAAAGAAGAAAUAUAGAGAUGUAGCUGCCGCUGCUCUUGAGGCCUUCGAAUCUGCAGCUUAUGCAGCAGCAGCUGCAAGAGUUGCCGUUGAACUGUCAAGACCUAAAUCUCUGGACAUGGAUCAAGAUGAUCAUGGUGGUUCUAGUAACCAAGGAAGAUAUGGAUAUUUAGAUGCAUGAAAAAAUCGAUAACAAAUCAAUAUUUGGAAAAAUCUAUCCAUCUGACAAACAACACCUGUUCUGAAUCAGAAAAUGAAGAUCGUAUCAGGAAAGAAUUGGAAGACAGCAAAAACAAGCCUGGGGUAACAGAUAGAACACCAUUGCUUUAUGUUCGGAUUCUGAACGGAACUUACUAUCACCAAACCUCCAAGAUUUUAAUUCUUAUAAAAAAGCUCACUUUUCCUAGAAAUUAAAUCAAAAACUUUGAAUAUUCAAAUGCAGUUGCAGAGGGAUAUGACUCAGAUGAGGAUGAGGAUAAGACUCCACACAGAUCUCCAGAGUAGAUUCUACAGAAAUCUCAUGCUGAUGCCAUAAAAAAGGGAGGAAAAUCCAGUUUGAAAGGCACAUAUAAAAAAAAAAAAAAAGACUUGGUGGAGUAUUUAAAUCCACAACAUUCAAGGCUAAUGAGGCCUUUAUCAAUGAGAAAUAGGAGAGCAUGGAGGCGCUAAUGAGAGAGGAGUGGAAAUUUUGUUUUUUCUUGGUUUUAGAUUCAAUAUGGAGUCUGGACAAAUUUCUAUUUUUAAAUUUUUAAUACAUAAAUUGUGAAAAGAUGUUUAGUUUCAAUAC